GGCCCGUGAAGUGUAUCGUGCAUCGGUGGCGAACCGACAGUGUUGUGACGGCGAGUGUGUGUGCGAUGCUCGGACGGUGAUCGAAGCAUGGUGAAUUACGUUAAUCCGCUCGCCAUGUACCAAGGCAAGAGCGGGCAAUACGGCGGCGGCUGGUACGGCUGGCAGCACCAGAACUUUGAGGAGCAGCAGUGGUGCGCGUGGAACAGCGCGCCGGCCGGCGGGGAGUGGGCGCCGGAUCCGCACCACUUCCCUAAGAGAGAGCCGGGAGACCGGGAGAUCGCGGAUAUUCCUUCCCCGGCGAGGGGAGACCUAGCCAGCCCAGGGGAAGGUUCUCCAGGCUCGAGGCCCGCGCAGCCGCCGGCACCGCCGCGCUCCCCGUAUGAAUGGAUGAAGAAACCUAAUUAUCAGACACAACCUAAUCCAGCUUUUUCUUUUGGCACAGGCAAAACGCGCACAAAGGACAAGUACCGGGUAGUGUACAGCGACCACCAACGGUUGGAACUCGAGAAGGAGUUCCAUUACAGCCGGUACAUCACAAUCCGGAGGAAGGCCGAACUGGCGGCCAGUCUGGGGCUCUCUGAACGACAGGUCAAAAUAUGGUUCCAAAACCGACGGGCUAAGGAACGUAAGCAGGUGAAAAAACGCGAGGAGGUCGUGAUGAAGGAGAAAGGUGAUCACGCGUCGCUGCAGCACGCUCAACUGCACCACGCCACGAUGCUGCACCACCAGCAGAUGAUGAACGGUAUGAUGCACCACCACCACUACCACCAAGGGGUGCUUCAGGGUGUGCCAGAGCCACUGGUGCCAGGUGUACCACCGGUGCCCCUCCUGUGACCGCAUCAGGAAGAGUACUGCUCCCACGGUAAUUAUGUGCAGUGACAAAAAACAAAUGAACCGUGGCCGUGACUUUAAACCAGUGAUUUACCCAUGCAGGGUAAAACCAGUGAUUAUUUACCCGGGUAUAAACUAUUGUGCGUAGUGCAUAAACUCUUCGAUAUGACUUUUGUGACGCUUAAGGCAAUUCAAGAUGAAAAACCGUAAAAAUACCUAAUUAUGAAGCGUUCGUUACAUUUUUUGGCCGGUGUUGUCUACUAAACAUCUCCAAGGGACUCUUGCCUUACAAUUUUAAUUCGUGGGCUUUUUUGUGUGAUCAGAACAAUUUGUUACUAUCUACGUAAUAGGAGAUUCUUAUUCCAUCUUACAUUAUCUUAAACGGUUACAUAAAAAUGCCUUUGUAAAUUAAAACAAAUACUUUUAAAAUAAUACUUUAAUUAUAUUACGGAAAAUGUAGAUAUACCCACCAAGUGUUUGAUCCUAUUCCUAUGUCAUUACUCGAAGAGGAAUUUUAAUUUAAUUAUUGCGCUGUAAAUAUAGAUAUCUAUAUUUUUAUAUUAUUAUAAUAAUUAAGAUUAUUAAUUGAUUAUUAAUUAAGUGUUUAAUUAAUGUUUCUCAAUGCCACAAAUGCCAAUUUAGUAUUCUGACGAGAUUGACUGAGAAAUCCAUAAUUUCUAGGUAUUGCUAAAGAAUUUUUCAUAGUGAUGGUGGUUUUUCCAUGUUGAUUACUUAUUAUUAAAAUAUUAGUAAUUAGUAAUGUUAAAAUAUCUAUUUUUAAUUUCCUAAAUUAAUUACUUAAUGGUAUGAUCGAAUUUAUAUAAAAGUCAUAAGAAUCUCAUACAAUUUGUUAUUAAAAAUCAACGAAAUUAUUAAAUUGUAUAUUUUGUAGGUAUUUGUGGCAUAGGGAAAUAGUUAUUUUACGUUGAUUGAAUGAGAUUAUUCCUAGUUGUAAUUGUUUUUUGUAAAUACUAGCUUAAUGAUUAGAUUAACUUAUGCCAGUUUCUAGUAUAAAACACGGCAGAAUCACUUAAUUGAACACAAAACGAAUUAUGCCUUCUACAUUUUGAAAUUAAUAAUGUACAUACCAUCGUGUUUGAUAUACAGAUGUGGGUACUGAUUGUAUUGAAUUUGAUUUGUUAACUAUACUUUUUUAUUUAUUUGCAGUAUAAUGUGAAUAAUUAGUUUAUCUUGUUUUGUGAUGAUAAAAUAAUAAUUGUGGUGCUAGUAUCUAACGUUUUGAAUCAUCCUUCAUUGUGCAUUACGUUUUUGACCAUUCCAUAGAAUGUAUUUGUAAAAAAAUGGAUAAAUUCAUGGUAUACUUUGAGCUUGUUGUAAAGGGAAUGUUGUGUUGAUGUUUUGACUGUUUGUGAACACGAGUUGUUAGUAUGUACGGAGCACUGUCACGAAACACAUUUGAUAAACUAAAUAAAAUCAUGUUAAUCUA